AUGAUUCUUCCUUUCUUCCUUCUCACUCUUCCUUUUCUUGUAAAUGCUCAAUGUGGAGUCGGAGCAAUUUAUAACGAGAAGAACAACCUAUGCUAUCGAAUAUACAAAGCAGCUGUUGAUUUUGAUACUGCAGAGAGUAUAUGCUUAACUUUGAAUGGUCAUUUGGCUUCAGUUCAUAACUUGGAUGACAACAUUUUUUUAACUCAACAGGCAUCUAAACUAAUCUAUGACAAUGGACCAGUGUGGCUUGGAGCACAAACAUCUUCUCCGAAUGUCAGGGACCCAAAUAAUUGGAAAUGGACGGAUGGGACUCCAUUCGAUUAUCAAAACUAUAGAAUCGGACAGCCAAGUUCCCUUGGAAGUUCAGCUUGUAUGCAGUUUCUGACAUCUGAUGGUACCUGGUUGACUGCUACUUGUACUGAUGAGUUCCCUUUUAUUUGUGCUUCUGAACCUAAAAAGAUUACCACUGUAUCAGGAGUUACAUGUCCAGCAAACAAAGUAAAUCGAUGUCCAUCAAGAUAUGUUUGGUUCCAGUAUACCCAAUCUUGUUACAGAGUAGUUAUUGCGCAAACCAGUUUCGACUCCGCGAAUCAGUACUGUAAAAAUGAUGGAGCAGAACUGGCUUCUGUUCAUUCAUACACCGAGAAUGAAUUUCUAUCUCAGAUAUCAACAACAGGAUUAGGUGAAACGUACAACGGUUACAAUAUCUGGAUUGGCUUGAUCAACAAUAACGGUCAAUGGCAAUGGACUGAUGGAUCACCUGUCGAUUUCGUGAACUGGGAGUCUAACUAUCCACAGUCGUAUUCCACAACAGCUAUGAUACCGGAUGGGGAUCAUCGAUGGUACAAUUCAAAUUAUGCUCAAAGGGGAUACAUUUGCAAACGUCCAGCAGUUCACUAG